GCUCAUGGCGGCCUCGCCCCCUUCAGGAGGAGGCGCCCCGGGGAGCGGCCGCUGGCCCGCCAUGGCCGCCGCGGGCGGCUGGGCCGGUGCCCGAUGUACCUGAAGCGACCGGCGGGCGGGCUGGCCUUCUGCCUCUUCUACCUGGCGUCCUGCUUCACCAACAAGUAUGUCCUGUCUGUCCUGAAAUUUACCUACCCUACCCUUUUUCAAGGGUGGCAGACGUUAGUUGGUGGAAUUCUGCUUCAUAUCUCCUGGAAGUUGGGCUGGGUGGAAAUAAGCUUGUGUUCAAGGUCCGAAAUCCUGUCGUGGCUUCCUGCUUCAGUACUUUUUGUGGGCAUUAUUUACGCUGGCUCUAGGGCGCUAUCUAGAUUGCCAAUUCCAGUGUUCCUCACUGUACAGAAUGCAGCAGAAGUCAUAACCUGUGGCUUCCAGAAGUUUGUGCAGAAAGAGCAGACCUCUCAUAUGAAAGUCUGUAGCGUGCUGUUCCUUCUGGUAGCAGCAGUGUGCCUUCCUUUGUUUGACACCCAGUUUGAUCCAAAUGGUUAUUUCUGGGCCCUAGUUCACUUGAUCUGCGUUGGGGCUUACAAAGUAUUUCACAAGUUAUGGAAACCUAGUUCUUUCAGUGAAUUGGACCAACAGUACAUCAAUUAUGUAUUCAGUGUGGUGUUGUUGGCCUCCGCGUCCCAUCCAGCAGGUGAUCUCUUCAGUGCCUUGGACUUUCCGUUCUUGUACUUCUACAGAUUUCAUAGCAGUUGCUGCGCCAGCGGGCUGCUGGGAUUCUUUCUGAUGUUGCACACAGUGAAGCUAAAAAGCAGCACAACCUCAGGGCAAUAUGCAGCGUGGAGUUUCCUUGCAAAGGUUAUCACUGCUAGCUUAUCACCACUCUUCUUUGUCAUGACUGCUAACGCACUAACAAUUUCUUGCCUUGUGAUCAGUGGCGUUGGAGAAGCUUUGCUUGUGUACACUGAAAGGACAGGCACGUAAAGCGGAACCAGAUCUCGCCAGCUGGAAAAGAGCUGACUUGCAGCCUAGAGAGCCUAUCACGAAUAAAAUGCAGCAGCAAGAAUGAAGAAGUGCAACCAAACACAGGGAAAAAGGCCUAUGUUUUUUUUUUAUUAAGAAGGAAAAACUGUGCUAUUAGUGCUGGUAAGAGAGCAGCAUAGUUGGUAGGAUGAUUAGGAGCCUUUGCCUCAAAGCACAAGACAAAACUAUUUCUGAUUGAUGUGGUAAAGGAAAAACUGUGCUGUCUCAUGCCAUUGGCCUUGUGCAAAAACCUCUCAGUAGCAGCUUUUUGCACAGGGAACUGAACUCAGGAAAAGCAGCAUUCCCCACUGGAUGCUCCCCGUUUUUUUUGUUGUUGUUGUUGAAAGCUGACAGUAGGUUAUACCAAACAAUGUCAGAGCCCAAAUCCUGCCCUGAAUUCAGUAUCAGGAAGGAUGGACUUUGUUUCCAACUGUUCUGAAAGCAGCAAGCCGCUGCGCACAGGUCUGUAGUCACAUCGUCUGAGCUGGCACAGUGACAUAGGCAACGGGGCUUCUGGAGAUAAUUCCCUCAUGGAACCACGGUGGGUUGACAGCUUUGCCAAAUGGGGAAAUCAGCAAUAAAUCUCAAUGUCUGUA